AUGAGAUACGCAGAAUAAAUUUUGUUUACUGUAGUUUUUGGCGGAAUUUUAUACUUCGCUCUUCAACACACUGAUAACUCUGAAUCCAAUUACAGAAGGGGUUUACUUGGAGCUUUUGUUGUCUUCAUAGCUGAAGGCACAUUAAGAAACUACAAAGGACCUUUCUUAAGACCUAAUGAAGCCUUUUGGAGAGGUGUUUUGAGAUUCUGCUUAAUCUAUGUUUGCAGUUUGGUCUUUUUAUCAUUUUAAAAUACUAAAGAUGCUCGUAAUAUCUUCAAGCAUUUAGAUCCUGAACUUGGCAAGCAAGUUAGUAAAGAUUACCAUACUUAUGAUGACAAUUGCGAACUCGAAUGGGAUAAUAUCCUUGAUAACUUUGAUCAUUACUUUUAGAUUCAUUUGAUUAACUGGUUUUGUGCAACUUUAAUUGUUCGUGAUCCCUAUAUUCUUCAUACAUGGUCUAUCUUAGAUGAAUUGAUAGAAUUGUCAGCUUAACACAUUCUCCCUCACUUCAGAGAAUGCUGGUGGGAUCAUGUCUUCCAUGAUGUCAUUCUUUCUAACACUACUGCUAUUGUUAUAGGUUUAUUAGUUUGCAAAUUAUUUAAGUUAUAACCAUACGAUUGGCUUGGCAGAAAAGAUUCAAAAGGCUUUUUCGAUUGGAAGGUUUGGAAAUGCCAUAGAAGAUUUGGUGGGUUGUUAGCAAUAUGGUUUGUUAUCAUUACUAACUUCUUAUGUGGGUUCUUCAUGAUUAACUCUUUGUGGAUACCUCCUUAGAAUUUCUUAAAUUUGUAUAGACUAUUGGUCUGGUUCUUGCUUUCUAAUUUAGCAUUUAAAGAAAUAUAUGUUGACAUAGAUACUUGGGGAACUAAAAAGAGAGUUGAAAAUCCUAUUAGUGGCAAGUGCAGAUGGAUUACCUUUUUCAUUACUUUUACAGAAGCUUUCAUUGCCCUUAAAUUUAUUUAAGAUGCUGGUAAUAUAUAAUUUGUACCCACUCCUCUCUACAUUUCUGUUCCUUGGAUUAUCGUAAUUUCAUCUAGUAUAAUGUAUUAUUUAUACUUAAGAUUUAAGCCUGACCACACUACUAAAUAUCCUCUUGAAUACUAUCAAAAGGAGUAAGAACUUAAGUAAAUCUAGUAAAAAAAAUUAGAAAAUGAAAAACCAGAAAAAACUCAACAAAAUAAAUAGAAUGGUUCAAACGGAAAAAAGAAAGAAAAAACUUAAUGA